GCGGCGGCGACAGCGACGGCGGUGGCGGCCGCCAUGUUGUGGUAGUUUGUUGUUCGCCGGUGGUGGCUGCGCGUCGAGGGGCCGCUGCCGGGCGCUGAAUCCGGGCCCUUCCCCGUUCCCUCCUCUCCCCGCCGCUCCCGGGGGCGGCACCGGAGGCGCUGUCGGGGCCUGCCGCCGCCUGGGCACGGCGAGGAGCCAUGGCUGCCGCGCUGGGAGGAGGAGCAGAUGAUGACUUUGAUCAGUUUGAUAAGCCUGGUGCAGAAAGAUCUUGGAGAAGAAGAGCUGGAGAUGAUGAGUGGGACAGGUUCAACUUUGAAAAAUGUCUUAAUAUUUUCCAGUGAACUUGAAGAUGAUUUGCUUGGAGAGGAUUUGCUUGCUGGCAAAAAGAAUCAAUCAGACUUGUCAGAUGAAGAGCUGAAUGAUGACCUCCUGCAGAGUGACAAUGAAGAGGAACAAGAAUUUCGUUCUCAAGGUGUCACGGUUAGCCUCAAUGCUACGUCUGGCAUGUUUACAUCAUACGAACUCUCUGAGAACAUCAACGAUCCAUCAGUCGAACAUGGGUCUGGGUACAGCCAAGGAGAAGAUGAAAUUGGUUACGACAAAUCUGAAGCACCUGAAGUGUAUGCUUCAGAGUAUUCUGAGGAAGGACAUUACGAAGGCAACGAUCCUGAACUGACAGAAGACCAAAUAGAGUAUGGGGAAGAGCCUGGAGAAGAUGAUGAAGUGCUAGACCUUGAAAUCAAUGAACCCCUGGAUGAAUUUCCAGAUGAAGAUUACAUGCAGUCAUACAAUCAGCAAGCAAUGGAAGAACAAGGAGAGUAUACAGCUGAUGAGGAGCUGGAAGAAUCACAGACAAUGACAAAUGAAUCUGAAGAGGCGGCUAUUGAAUCUCUGGAACUUCAAGAAGAAACAAAAGAGGAAUCUGAUGAAGAGGAAGAUGAUGAUGAAGAGUCUGGAAGAUUACGUUUCAAAACUGAACGGAAAGAAGGAACAAUAAUUAGACUCUCAGAUGUGACAAGAGAAAGGAGAAACAUUCCAGAAACUUUGGAACUUUCUGCAGAAGCCAAAGCAGCAUUACUUGAAUUUGAAGAAAGGGAAAGGCAGCUUAAACAGGGGCGAUACGGCUCAAGGAGAGGAGGGCGAAGAGGAGGCUCAAUUAUGUGCCAUGGAAUGGGAGAACAAAGGAGAGACAAUGAUAGGGGAAGAAUGAAGGAUCACAGACCUGCACUGCUGCCAAACACACCAUCAACAAUGACUCAUUCACAGAGGUUAAUUCCAACACACCAGCAACCUGUUAGGAGUCUGUUCCAGCACCAGCAGCAGCAACAGCAGCAGCAGCAGCAGCAGCAACAGCAGCAGCAGCAACAGUUACAAUCUCUGCUUCCUUUACAGCAUCAGCAUCAUUCUUCUCCUCCUCCAGGGCUACAUAUGCCCCCUCAGAUAGAAACACCUAGAAUAAUGAUGACUCCACCGCCAGUGACACCUCAGCAACCGAAGAACAUACACAUAAAUCCCCAUUUCAAGGGAACAGUAGUGACGCCUGUACAAGUGCCCUUGCUGCCAGUUCCAGCCCAGCCAAGACCUGCUGUAGGACCCCAGAGAUUUCCUGUCCCUCCAGACUUCCAGCAGCAUGCACCUGGACCUGUUCCUACCAACUUCUCCCAGGCCCCACGGCUGCCAAUGCAGGAUCAGUGGAGAGGCCCACCUCCCCCACCGCCACCUCUCCCUCCUCCACCUCCUCAGGACAGAGACCCUUUUUUCCUAGGAGAUCCAAGAUUUCCCAGCCAUCACUUGUUUGAGCAGCGGAGUCCCCCACCGCCACCGCCUCCCCCGCUUCUUAACAGUCCGCACCCCGUCCCUACCCAGAGCCCGAUGCCGUUCAGCCAGCCUGGGCCAGCAUUCAGCCAGCAAGGACAGCAGCCUGUAUUUCCCAGAGAGAGACCACUAAGGCCAAACAUACAGCCUCAAGGUCCAGUGGGAAUUCUCCACUUCAACCAGCCAGGUUCAGCAAAUCCACGGCCCUUCAUUCCUCCGAGACAACAGUUCCUACAAGCCCCAGGACAGCCCUUCCUUGCUGCACAUGCACAGCCUAACAUGCAGGGUCCCUUGCAUCCUCCAUUGCAGCCUCAGCCACAGCCUCAGCCUCAGCAGCACCAUCACCAGCAGCAGCAUCAUCACCAGCAACAGCAGCAACAACACCAUCAUCAUCUCCAAGGGCCACCACAGCCCUUGAUGCCCAUGAACCAACCACAGUUCAGGCCUCACAUACAGGCCUCACCGCAGCAGCCAAAUAACAACAGAAUGCAGUGUCAGCAGCGGCAGGGUCCAAUGAAGCCAAGGCAUAGCACACCCUCACAAAAUAUUGUCAAGCGUCCAAAUCAGCAACUACAGCCAACUGCUCCAAGAAAUAGUAACUUGCGGGAGCUGCCCAUAGCACCGUCACACGCUCUGGAAGUGAGCAACAACAGGCGAACCUCUACUCCAGCUGCUCAGGUCAAACCCAUUACCAGCACGAUGUCUGCCUCCAAGACUGUAGCUAGUGGUGGAAACUCGCAGGGAAGGCCUGAGAUGAAAGCUAAGGCAGUCACACCAGUGGGCCAAGUGAAACCAGAAGUAAAAUCAGAACCAGAGUAUCCAGAUGAAGACGAAGAGACUAGAUUGUAUCGUUUGAAGAUAGAAGAGCAGAAACGUCUAAGAGAAGAAAUUCUGAAACAAAAGGAGUUGAGACGGCAGCAGCAGGCUGGUGCUAGAAAGAGAGAAUUGCUAGAAAGGCUUGCACAGCAGCAACAGCAGCAACAGCAACCUUCUGUGCAGCAAUCCUACAUGCAACAGGACGAUGACUCUUCUGAGUACCCUACCAACGGCAAUCCUUACAUACCCCACUCUGGCUUACAGACCAGGCAAAAUGUGAAAAACAGACUUCUUGUUAAAAAGCAAGAUAUGGUAGUUCCCAAUAUUCAGCCCAAACACACAGACUACUCGCAGGUUGGGGCUAAUACGCAGUAUCAAGGACAGCAGAUGAAACCAGUGAAACAGCUGAGGCAGACCAGAACAGUAUCUUCCAGUCAGCCUCAGGCAUCGCAGAAAGUGUUACAGACAAAACCUGCUGCAGCACCGCUGCCCACCUCACAGACUGCUAGAGUGGCUUCCGUACAAGCAAGGCCACAGGAGAUGAAACCUGGCGUGAAAAGAACUGUCAUGCAGCGGACAAACAGUGGUAGUGGAGAUGUGCCCCAUGGCGGCAGCAAAGUCAGGGUGAUUAAGUUGUCAGGAGGGCAGGGGGGAGAGGACGCUGGCUUUUUUCAUCCAGAGGGCCAGCCCCAGCGGCCUCAACAACCUCUGGAGCCGAAACAGCAGCCAGUGCGGAAGGUCACAUUGACAAAGGGAAUGCAACAGCAGCAGCACCAACAGCAGCAGGCACUGAUCCGUUCAGCAGCUCCUCAAGGGGUCAAAAACAUCCAGGGAAUCCAUCAACCUAAAAAGGUCAUUAUGCAUGGGAGAGGCAGAGGAGUAGCAGGCCAGAUGGGCCGAGGACGCUUGAUGCCAAAUAAACAGAACCUGCGAGUGGUGGAGUGCAAACCUCAGCCCUGUAUUGUGUCAGUUGAAGGGCUUUCUUCAUCAACUACUGAUGUCCAACUGAAAAACCUGCUGAUGUCAGUGGGACCCAUUCAGAGUUUACAGAUGCUUCCUCAACAACGGAAAGCCAUAGCAAAAUUUAAGGAGCCAGCACACGCUUUAGCAUUUCAACAGAAAUUCCACAGGCACAUGAUAGAUCUGUCCCACAUAAACGUGGCACUGAUAGUUGAGUGAUGUCUGCUGAGAGAAUUACUUACACUACCAGAAACAUACAGUGGAGCGACACGGGACACAGUGACAAAACUAUCAGGUUCUGAAACCUUUCAGCUUAGUCUUUUAAAUGCCAUGUUGAACUACAGAGAGCAGCAAGGUGUCCUCGAGAAGAGCUGAACUUGAGAGGAUCUACAGAGGUGGAAUUUCUGUUCGGUUUCUUCAGAUUCUGUUGUAACCACAUGGAGCUACAGUCUUGUUUUGUUUUUUUCCUCAAAAAGCUACAGUGCAGGUAGACACUGUUCUUCAAGAUACUACUUUGUGACCACAGUGACUUUGAGAUAGAACGUUUACACCGAAAGAUGUACAAACUUUCUUCAUAGCAAAGAAUAUUUGAUAAUGGUUGCUCUUAUCUUCAGUGUGAGGUAUUUGAAUGAGAGCUCACUUUUCUAAACAAAACACAUUAAUUACGUUGUAUAUCCAAGAGCAUAGAAGGUAUUCUUGCAUAGGUUUAAACGUGGUCUACUUCAUUGAAUAGAAGUAUGCUGAGAAACUUUGGAGGUGACACUGGAAAACUGUAGUUUCUAUCUUUGUAAAUAUGUUAAGUCUGUCUCUGCAUUUUCUAUUCCAAUACAGACUUCCCAUUUUCUCCUUCCAACUCCGCUUAUUCCAUAAAACACUGUGUAGGAAAUAACAUUGCUGUAUUUUCCCUUGGUUUUUAAAAACAAGGAUCUUUGCCAUUCAGUAGCAUCCUGGGGUAGUUAACUCCAAGUUGUAACUAAAUUGUUUUUAAUGAUGUUGCCAGCUACAAGGAAAAAAGAAAUAUUUAGUGGCUCACCUAAAAAAACCCAAAAAGUUAUACAGGAAGAGUGGUGUAUUCCUAAUAGUUCUUUUCGGCUAGUGUUUUGUAAUUGCCUUAUGCUUUAUUUGGAUUAGUUUUUUUUUUUUUCCUCUUGAGAUUUACUUUGUGACUAAUGCUGAACCAUAAGAAACCCGUUAACUGAAAGGAUUUGGUUUGAUGUGUUGUUCCCAAUGCAUACGAGACUGUAAGGACAUUGUGAAUCUGCUGGUGAACGUGGCAGUUCACAACAGUACGUGCAAACGUUAAGGAGCUUAUAUUUUAUUCAAAGCAAAACCCAUGUUUCCUUUUGGUUAGAACCAUUUAGAUGGUAUUGCCAAAGGAACCGUUUUUUUUCAGUUACUUCUGAAUAAACUUCUUAAAAUGUCAUCUUUAUAUUGGAUUGCAGUUUUUAAUGAACAUUUCCAUAGUUUUUAGACUGUGAGCUUUUGCUUCACCCUUUAUUUUAGGAAUACUCUUGAGCAUUCCACCUACUAUUGAAUGGGGGGACUUAAGCCUACAAAGUUUUGUUGUUUUGGUUUUUUAUUUUUUUUUGUCAUCUGAACGACCACAGAAGAGCACCAUUGGUAUGUAAUUAAACGACUGUGAAUGGGGUCCAAAACAGGAGAAGGAUGAACUAAGCAAGUUUAUAGUAGCAUAGAUACAUAUUUCUUAAGAUCAAAUGGUAACCAAAGUCACUAAGACCUAAUUGGCUUUCUUACAGUUUUGAUCCAAACUUUGAAUUGAGUAAAAGUUGCUAAAAUUAAUGAUUGAGUAAUAAAUAUCACCUAGUCCUCUAGGUAAGAACUGCUUUUUGUUCACUGAAGUAACAGAGUAAUGUGGUGCUUUUAAUUGCACUGGUGAAAAAAUGUGAAGAAUACUGUUAGCCCAGUUACAACGCAGUGACGAGGCACAACAACAUCAGAACAAUAUUCAUACAGAAGCUAAUUUUGUACCUGUUUGUGCAGUUCCCCUCUUGCAUAACACUUAACGUUCAGCACAGUUACUCUGCAUACAGUGCUGUUAGUGCUUCAGUUAGACCUAAGCCCAGGACAGAGUCACAGGUAGGAAGCAGGCGGUGGAAGCCAACUGAAGACCAAUGCCAGGUGAUUGCAGUGACCAGCCCUGCUAAGUGCUCUUUAGUUCCUCACUCCCAUGAGCGCUGGGACCUUUGUGCUACUUCCUCAGGUUAUGUAAUUUUUAUUUUUGUUUUUAAAUAAAUGUUUAUAUUUAAAACGAGUCAUUAAACAGUUAUUCACCCCACUGUUAAGACAGCAACUUCUCUGUACUGAGGAGCACGGAAAGACAUCUAGGAAUGGAGCAUUAACAGCGUGUGUCUGGAAAUCUGUGUUAGGUGCAAAUGCCAGACAGGCCAGCAGCUGAGUUCAGCAGUAGGAACAUCUGCAGUUGAUCAGCUGUUCUGUCAUAAGCAAAUGUUGUUGGAGUUAGAGGGUUUCUUGGAGCUGAAGGGUAUGGGUUUGAUUCAAAAGUCAAAGAAGUUCGUAGAACUUUGUAAAGUUUGCUCCUGCUUUGGGUUUUGAAUCGAUCCCAGAGAGGCUGAGGUUCAGCCAACCCAAACAAGUGUUACGAAUUUUUAUUCAGUUGAGGUUUGUUUUUUUUUUUUAAUGUUUUUAAACAAUUACAAAAAUGGGUGGCUUUGGAACAAAGACUUGAAUUGCCUCAGAUCUAUUUAAACGUAGGAGGCGAUGCUAACAAUGCUUGUUUAAUGACGAGGUGGGCUGUCUUUAAAGGUGGUUGCAGUUAUUGCCUGUGCAUAGACAGUGCGGGCAGAUUGCUGGUGAUUUUAACUGCUCACUGCAGUGGCUGAGUAUCAGAACUAUAUGUAAACAUCAUGUAUGUAUGUCUAUAUGUAUUUUAUUAUACACAUACAUACACACGCUCACCCUUAUUGUCUCCACUUCUUUCCAGUAUCUUAAACUCAGUAGCAAAAGUAGCGAUUAGGCGAGUCUCUUGUUAAAAUGUUUGUGUUUUGUUAGUUCUCAAAUCCUUCCUUAACACUGAUCUGUUGGCAAGUGAGCAGUUUGAACGAUGCAUCUCUUCUAGUUCUUUCUGUUGUGUCUCCUCCCAAAAAACCACCGAGGAAAGGUAAAGCUAGAUGAACGUGUUAUUUCCAUGUUCUCUUUCAGCACAUAGUUAAAUCUGAACAUCUUAAGUUAACUUUCUUGGAAGAUCUGUUGCAACCAUUAUCUUGUUCUUUCUUGAUCAUGCAUUCAAAAUACAAUGCAAAAUGCAAACAAAGCGUUUAAUGUAGUAUGUAAAUAUUGAACUUUUGGAAUUAAAAUGUUACUCGAAGUGCUUACAGUCAACCACAUCUUAGCUAUGUUAGAUUUUUGUGUUGUCUUAUCUAAGUUUAAUGGAUAUGGUUCCAUAAAUGUUGAUGUGUUUUCGUGUAUAUCUUCAAAUUUUUAUAAAGAUGCUAGUAAGUCAAUACGUAUACCCUGAUCUGUGUAUUAUUUGUCCACCAUUCUUAUUAGAGUAGUUCUAUAUUGAUUUUAGUAGGCGACUCCAGUAGGUCUUAUAUGGAGCCAACUCUUUUUUUAUUGCUUUGUUUUCGUCUGUCACACUGUAGCACUGGCGAAUAAUUCACUUCAUGGCUAAUCAUAUUCUGCUUAGAAUUGGCCUAAAAGAUUGGCCAUAUGUUGUGGUAUUUUAGUAGAAUGUUAUACAUUUAAAAAAAAAAAAAAAAAAAAAGGGUUUAAAAAACAGCUCUAUCUGUUAAGGGGAAAUAGAAUAAAUAGAAUACACUGUCAGACUGAGGCCUGGGCUUCUAGGUUUGUUUGGUUCUGCUGUACCAGUACAGACAGGUCUGCCUUGUAAUUCUGUUCUCAAAGUUUGGGCUGUUCUUGUUUUACACAUAAUUCAAGUUGGUCGUGUAACACUUGUUUUCAUCACAAUGUUAGCAGCUGAUUGUGGCACAUACUGUAUGGUGAAACCAACUGGAGUGUUUGAAGAGCUGGGUGUAAUUGCUGCUAGGUGGGAGGAGGACAGAUCUGUAGCAUCUUCACAGCUAACAGAAACUGCCACGCUGAUGGUUUUUCUCCAAGUAGUGAUGGAGAGUAAAUGUAGACAGGGUGAUGGUUCUCAGCCCCCAAGAAAGCUCCUCUAUGAGUUGAUGUAAGAAGAGUAAAUACUGGCACCCUGUGUGCAGAGUAUCUUCAGAUACAGAAUUUAGUCCCCAAUUUAAUUCAAAGAAUUCACUUCAUAUUCUCCUCCUCUUCCCUCCCCCCUCCUCCCCCCCCCCCCCAAAAAAGGCCAUCUAACCACUAUGAUGUCAAUAAGAGGAAGCAUUUUAGUUCUUCAGUGUUUGGUCUUCCUCUGUAAGGGCUUAGAUGAGGCUUGUUUGUUUGUUUUUUUAACAAAACUAGGUGAGAACAUGUGCACCUUGAGGUCCUUCAUAGUUUUUUUUUCCUUACAUAAUCUACCUCUUUGGCAUGAGAAAAAUCUUUUCACUUGGUGCAGAGAGUUUUUAAACGUAGGAUAUCACCUGGUUAGCUUUACAUAGGGCAGUUACUGUAUGCACUUCUGUAGUUGCAUGAAGUAACUGUGUGUGUGUAUGUGUGUGUGGUGUGAUGCCCUUAUACUUGGGCUGAGAGGGCGGAGGGAGGCUGGGGGUUUCAUGUAUUGGUUUUGCCUGUUUGACUUACUGGAGGGAUUUCCUACAUUUGUUUGUAGUAUUGUGCUGUUCUGUCCUUCCCCUGCUAUCGUGGUUGUUCCCUGGCUUGUGAUGCCCAAAGGUAGAAAGCUGGCUUUGCGUGCUCACUGUCCAAGAGACGAUUUUGUUCAUGCAGACAAACCUUUUUGAAAUCAUUUUUUGUGCUUUUUGAUUUUUAGCAGCGUGUUGGAUGAGAAAAAAAUGUGAAGGAAACAAAUACUGAAUGGAUUGCAGGAAGUUAGCAGUAUUAUAAAGGGUAAUGGGUCAUUUAGGGUAAACGGGGCUUUUGUUUCAGUGCUACCUCAAAUACUACUUCAUUCAUAACCAUAGUACUGGAAGUAUUUGGUCUUUAAUUAGUAUGAAAUCCUAAGGAUUUUUAUGUAAGGGUUUUUUUUGUAACCCGCUUUUUUUUUUUUUUAACAUGAAGCUGAUUUAUAUCUACAUGAGCAAAGGGCCUUGUGUACAAAACCUGAUUCAUAUUGGAUCCUUACGUAUACCAUCUUCCGGUAUCAUACGGUUGGGAAGGAUCAUUUUGUUCUUUGUAAUGCUGCUUUUUUAGGGUUGGUUUUUAUUUUUGUUGUUUAGUUUCUGGUUUUUAACUACAACACAGUGUCCUUUUUCUAUUUCUGUGCUUGCUUUGGUGGAAUGUAUGGUCCCUGUUGCACUAAACAAAACCUCAAAGGGAAACCUAAUCUCAGUGGGCCUUCUAGGUGCCUGUGUGGCUUUCUCACUUCUUGGUCAGACACGUUUUCCUGACUAACUGGAAAUGGGCCUUGUAUGCACACAGGUUUUCAACAGGUUUACAUUCCUUUUCUCACGUAACAGCGCUCAGGUUAAGCCAUUUUUUUUAACCCUCUGAAUAAUUUCAAUCCGUGUUACAGAUUAAGACUAUUUGUGUACAGGAACCUGUGCACAGUUCAAAGCAGCUGUAUUGCAAAUGCUGUGCGUAGUUACUUGGAAGAUCACAAUUUGAACAGAGCGUUGCUGUAUUAAUGUUACAUUCAUUCCGUGGCUCAGAAUUUUCUCUGCAUACAUCUGAUGGUUUUUAACAUGCCCUGUGUUUUUUCCUAGCGUCUGCCAGGCUGACUUUGGAACCUUAAGAGUUUUAUUUCCAUGCAUAUAAUAAUAAAAAGGAGGUUUUUUUUUGCAGGAUUUCUUUUCCAGGCACUGACACUUUUCAACUGCUUCAUUUUCUAAUUAAUGCACAUUUUCACUUACAGAUACACCAAAGACGAGAUGCUAAUGCUAAUUUAUUCACAGCUGAUCUUCUCUGUCACCUAAUAUAAUUUUUAUUGAUACAAGGUGCCCUUAGAAUAAGUCAAACUUCUUUUCUCUUCAGGUGCUCUUUUCCUCUGCCCUGCGCCGUACCUCAUUUCCGUCUCAUUUGCCCCCAUUUUUCCAUUCCUGUGAGGCUAUUUGUAUCCUUGUUAUGUUCUUGCUCUUCUGACUCCACAUUCAUCCCUCUCCCUCCAGACCUUCUCCCAUCCAACUGCAUAGCACUCAGUCAUUUGCAGUAUUCUGUUUUCUUCUCACCAGUGGCUCUUUUGAUACCUGAAGCCUAAAUCUCCACACAGAAGCAUAGCAGCCUGUAUUUUUCUUUGCAGGCUUGCUUACAGUACCUAAAGUUGAGGCCUCAUUUGCAGGUGUCAGACCUUAGGAGAUGCUGCCCAUCCCACAGCUCUGGACAAAUAACAAUUUUGCUUUGCAGUUUUACUGAUGUUGGAGAAUUGCAGAGUUUUUAUACAUGCUCUAGCAUUUAUGCAAGCCAGGAGAAACAGGAUUAACAACUCUUUCAUCCUUUUUGCUUUUUCAGGAGUUCUGUUCUUGAAUUCAGUGAUAGUAAUAGCACUUUUUUAUUGUCACUUAGUAAUACAAGCUCUGCCGACACAAUUCUACCUCCUAUUACUAUUACUGAAUGUGAUCCUUCCUAACCUGUAAAGUCUGAAAUGCUGUGUACAUUUAGGUGUAUUGAGAAUCAGAGCGUGUCGCUCUAAUCUGGAUGGCAGUUUGUUGAUUAGCAGUUCAGAAUAUAAAUCCAUCAGCCGACUGUAUCAUUCUGACUCCACCUGGGGUUCAUCCGCCUCAUGUUUUCUACAGCAUCAUCUGCACACUUUAUUUCUUGAAUGUAAAACUGAGCUAUACCAAACCCUCCACUCGCAUAAGAGAUCUCUGUCAUACUUAUUUAAGUGAAUGUAAAAGUGGCAACACAAAAAUGAUCUCGUGCAAGUUCUUAUUGCCUGUAAUUCCAUGUUUAACGUGUCAACGUGCAAAUAUAUUUACUGUACCUAACACUAUGUGAAUAAAACUUUAUCUUCUUCA